UUAACUCCAUAAAAUUUUCUCUCAAACCAAUCAUGUUCACUGCACCCAGUUUCUUGAAAAUCCUUCCUUUGUUUUCUUUCAAAUCAACCACAGUUAAAUUACCCAUCCUGCCAACAACCACAAAAUUAUCGCCGCAGUCAUCGCGGCGGCUACGCCUAUUAGCUGAAAGUUCCUUUGGGGUCCCAAUGGAGAUUGUUUCGGGUCCAAAGUAUAGGCCUCUUUCAGUUUCGCCAUCGCCACCGGAGAUUCCUAAAACUCCUAAAGUUAACCCUUCCGAUGCCCCAUUAGAAUUCACCACCGGUGACCCUCCGCCACUUGGUCGCCCCGGGCCCGACCCUGGUCCUGAUUUUCCAAAUCCUCCAUUGGGACCUCCUCCAGUUGGUCCAGAAGUAGUUCCUCUCCCACCGCCUGAAGUGGAUCCGCCGCCUUCAACACCUCCGGGUAAUGUGCCGCCACCGUCUAUACCGCCGGAAAUUCCAACACCGAGCAUCCCUCCUGAUAUUCCACCACCUAAAAGUCCUGAUAUUCCAUCACCGAAAGAUCCCGGCUUGCUGCUGACGAGUUUUAUCCGUUCCGUUUCGGGCUAGCCUCUCGCCCUUGCAGCGAAAAUAAGCGUAACAUCAGGUCCUGAGCAAGAGAGAAGAAACGAGAGAGCUUGUUAGGGAGCCAUUUGUAAAGUAAUGGCUGAGAGAUCAGCUCCUCGACUUGUCAUACAUCUUUCGAAUGGAUAUUGCUAAUCAAUCCAUGAACUUGAACAUGAAGUACUAGUGUUUAUACUUUUCAAUUUUGUUUUAGAUGGGACCACGGUGUGUGCUUUGUUUUUUUCUUUAAUCCCUCAACGCUUACGAUGUCAUGUCAUCAUUACUUGCAUGGUGGUUUUCUCUUUCGGCAGAUAUUAUACAAGUGUUGAAGUCUCACUUUGAGCGAGCUUUAACUUUGAAAUAAGUUCAUUAAUACAUUUGGCAGUCAAUUUAGAACAGUUUCACAUAAA